GCUUGGGGCUGCUCACGAGCUCACUGCAGCCAAUGCAAUUGACAAAUCCAACUCUUUUAAAACUGCAGCAGUAUGUGGUAAGUCAAUUAUUCAUUCAUACUGGUUUACCUCCCUGGGAUUUUUAUUUUUCUCACUGCUUUCUUCACAUGACAGGUCUCUGUUGCUGGCACAAUUGCGCAAAAAAAGCCAUCAGUGUAAACGGUGUAAAGAUAAAGAGUAGGCUGGUUAACCCUGUAGCCUCACUGAAAACACCAUGACAUGAUGAAGCAACAGAGAUCUUUGAAGCACAGAGAUAUCUGCAGCAUUUUUUGUGUUUGAUUCUUUGCUGAUCUCAAAAAACAACAUGCCCCACGCUCGAAAUAGGAACCCUAGCCCCAUCCCAGAGGUAACAUGGGACACGGGAUUGAAAGAGAUGAACGAGACCUGGAAAGGAGCUAUAGCCUGUCUCGGGGUGGCCGUCUUCUUUGUCAUGACCAUCGGGAUCAUAUACUGGCAAGUGGUGGACCAGCCCAACAAGAACUGGAUCCUCAGGGGGACUUUUAGCGGACUGAUCUGGGAGAGAAGGACCCACUCGCUGGUCAUACAGACACUAACGGAGGACAAGACCUAUGUGGAGAUAGACGUCGGGAACGUGGGGAACCCAGACAUCGAGGUUCCUUUUGUAAGGAACCUGUGCUGGCUCAAUAAGACGGAGUUCUGCUACACGUGGGACUCUGUGGCCGAGGUGAAGAUCUCGCUGGAGGUGAAUGAGGAGACGGAGACGGAGUGCUACAGUAUGAGCUGGGCGCCGGUGCACUGUCAUGUGGAGCUAAAGGACUGCUUCUCCAUGACCAAUAUAUCCUGGUAUGGCGGAGCCAGCGUCCGGGGUCAGACCUGGCCCAUCAACGAUCAGAACGCCACCAUGCAGCCGUUCACUGUGAGCAACCUGAAGGACCAUCCUUCCAGCUUUGGCUCAGCCCUGGAGCGCUACUUCCUGGGCUCCUCAGGUGUAGCAGUGCUUGUGUCUCCGGAUAUUCCCCUGCAGCUGGGGGUGGACAGCAGACAGCAGUUCUGCCUGCAGUCACUGCCCAGUAUGGAGCGUUUGCCUCUGCAGUACUCUGUGUGUGUGGCCCGUGAUGUGAAAGCUGCUCACCAGGAAGCAGUGCAACAGCUCUCCCAGCACAGUAGGGAGCUGCCCAACAUGAAGGCACUGUGGCUGCCGUUCUGGAAGUUGCUUGCCAGUGUGGAUUCAGGGCCGAAGGUGGAGAGGGAGCUGAGGACCUUCUCUAACCGUCUGAGGAGACACCAGCUGGGGGAGGGAGUCAUCAGCCUUAAUGAACAUUCCACCACCCUCCUUUCUGAUAUGGACCAUGACUACCUCAACAGCAGGAGAAGGGGGAUGUCCAAGAGACUGACCAGGGACCUCCCACUUGUCAAGCUUCUUAACAUUUCCAUCACUCUGUCCCCUUUCCUGGCCGUGGACACCACACAGUUCCACUCCUCCCUCAUGGACGGCACCGAGGCCUACUGGCUGAGUCUGCCCUCAGCCCCCCAGGGACAGCUGGUCCCUGUGAUGAGUCAGUGGCGUGGGAAGUUCUGUGUAAAGCUGAACAUAACAAACCCUGGAGCGGUGAGCUGGUUCCUGGACAGGGUGGGAUCCCUGCAGGCCCACUUAGGGAUGGAGUACGUCAUACUGGAGGGGGGCGAAGGGAAUCUGUUUGAGGAGCAGGGACUGCGAUCGCCACAGGCUCUCAGUGGGGACAACUACAUCAGUCUGCUGGCCGAUGUGGCCACAAGGAUAGGAGACACCACCAUUGUGACAGCAGGGACACGGUCAAGCCACAAGCCUUUAUUUGUGAGGAUGACCCCCCUGCAGUCAGACUGGAGCUCAAUGGGUCUGAAGGGCAUCAUUCCCUCCCUGCUGCACCACACUCUGCUGGGAUACAACUUCCUCAUUCCUGAUGCAGUAGGUGGCUCUCUGUCUAGAGAGCUGGUCACAGAUGAGGAGUUGUUCAUCCGUUGGUUGGAGAUCGCAGCCUUCCUUCCUGUCAUCAGCUUUCAUACGCCACCCUGGGUUGUGGGAGAAGAUCGGUUGCUCAACUGGACUCGGGUCUACAUAGCAAAGCACCAGAGGGAUGUGGUACCGCUGAUAGAGAAGUAUGCAGAGGAGUGGCGAAUAACAGGAAACCCCAUCUACCGGCCGAUGUGGUGGCUCAGUCCAAAUGACCCCAUGACCUUCACCAUCGAUGACCAGUUCCUCAUCGGAGACGAGGUUUUGGUGGCUCCAGUGGUGGAGAAGGGUGCGGUGCAGAGGGAUAUCUAUUUACCUGAUGGAAGCUUUCAAUGGCAGGACAGCCAGAACGCCCAGGUGUUCGAUGGGGGGACGUUCCUACAGGACUACCCUGUGCCCCUGGAUGAGGUGGCUGUUUUCCUGCGGAGAAGCUGAGUCACAUGAGUCGCCUGACCUAUCCUGUUACCGUUUUGAAUCAAAUUCUUUUUGUGCUGUUCUCAACUUGCACUUUUCCACUAAAGACCAUUGACUUGAUCUCAAGGCUCUGUCUUGAGAUGAAAUGUAGAAAGAUUUUUUUAUACUUGCACUUUACAGUUCAAAAUGAUUUUUUUUCCCUUUGUGACUUUUUUUCAUUCUUUUUUUAAAAUAUGUUAAUUGGUUUUACCUCUUGGCUGAUUUGUUUCCGGAUGUUUUGAAUCUUUUCUGCUUUUGUUUGUGUGUAAGUUCUGGAGAAAUCUGUGCGUUUACAUACUGCAGUUUUAAAGUCUUUAAAUUCUGAUUUGCUGCUGGCUCUCUUGAUAAGGAGGAACAAAGCAAGCCCCUUGUUUGCUGAAAAAGAAUCUGAAUCUUUCAAGAAGACCAAAUGAAGAUAUAGAAGAAUGAUGGAAAAUUUUGGAACGAUUUUCUCGGGGGAAAUGCUUCAGGAGGAAAUUAGCUCACAGAAAGCUUCGUACCGAGGCCGACUCAGCGUGGUACUGUAUGUCUUGCUAACUCAUCAGAAGGGCUUUUACUUGAACUUAUCAGGCCUGUCGGCUGAUGUUUUAUGAAUGUACCUCAAGUCAUGGUUUUUCACUACUUUACUUAAUACAGUCAACAACCUUACCCCUUAGCACUUAUUCCUAGAGUAGGUUAACUUAUUUAUCAACAUACCACUUUGUUGGACACAUCUGAAUGUCCCUAAGUACUGUAGACCAGAAGAACUUGAGGCCAAGCCACUGUAAUUGUAAGUCUAGCUUUAUUUAAAUUAAGAUUAGCUAUUACCUUCGUACUAACCUGCUGUAUACUGGCUUAUAAAGAAGCUGCUCACUUUUUUAAUGUUGUUAGCGUGCUCUCAUCUUCAUGUGUGUCAAAUUCAGUUUGAAGGUUAGCCUGGUUGACGACACCGCAAUUGGUUGAUAUUUAAAAGCUAGUUUGACAUGACCUGUUCUUCAAGAGAAUAAGAUAAGAUGAUAGAUACCACUUUUAUUCCUUUAUAAGUAAUGUUGAGCUCCCUUUAAGCAGCUGGAUUAGCAUAGCGCUAGGCAAUCUUUCUGCUUUUAGACAUAGGCUAGGACUGUAAACAUUGGUUAACAGCUAGCAUGGUUAAUAGCCUUGUAAAGUACCUAUAAAUCGGUGAUAUCUUCAUUGUUUUACUGACAAAAAGUAUUAAAGUAACAUUUUUUAUGUUUAUGAUAUUUUCUCCAGUUUAAGUUUGAUGCAAAGUUUGCUAACCAUCUCCUAAGUAAUCUAACAGCCUAGCUUAAGACAUAAUGUAGCGAUGUAAAAGUGGUACCAAUUUUGUUAAAUAAGUCUUGCAAAAGCAAGUUACUCUUUGAUUGGAAGACAUGGUUUAAAGAGCUCUUCAGAGUACAAAUACACAUAAAUAAGAUGCUCAUCUAUUUCAGAACAGUCUGUUGCAGCUGUCUUGGACGUACCUGAUACGGCUGAAAGCAUUAGCCUGUAAAGUCACAAAGGUGCAGUGGUUACUAGCUCUGAAGUGUACAUUUAAUUUCUAUCCUACUGUUUAUACCUACAACUAGCUUACCAUGUGGACAGUCCUAAUUUUAAGCUGCUUUUGCUUGGCUAAUUUUUAUUUGACUUAACAUUUUAAGCAAAUGAUUUGUGAGAAUUAUUUUUAAUGGGAAAACUAAUUGAGAUGUAACUUUAUAUUUACAUUAGGGGAUGAAAAAAGUGUAUCCAUCUCUAUCCCAGAAUGCAUUGCUCUCUGUACAGUCAGUAUGCUAAUGGUGCUCUUUGUUAGUCCUGGCCAGCAGUGAUGAUACAGACUGACUCUUACCAUGCAGUGAAUGUUUUACCACUAAAUCAGUUGUGUAACUUUGAUCUAUUAAGUUUACUGUAUCAAGUCAAACACUCAGGUCUACUGAAGCUUAUCAAAUCACCAAAGUCUUAGCGCAACGUAUUAUGUUGCUUAACAUUGACGUCUUAAUCUCUCCUAGAACUGAAUGUACAACGGACAAACUGUGAUUUCCCAACCAAGCCCUCGGUGUGAGGAACUUCUCAAGUUCCCCAUCCAAUGCUUUUGAUGGAAUGCUGUGGUAUGUUCAUGUAUAAGUUGCAGGAAAGGCUUUUGAUGUGUUAUUCCUUCUCUCCAAGGACUGAUCAAACCAUGUGCCUUAAUAUGCCACUCUUAAGUCUAGACAGGACAAGUGUCUGGAUUAUUGCAGUAUCAGCAAUGUACAUAUUACGAUGACUGUGCCAUUACAAGUGUUUUCUAUUCUGUAAAUCAGAGAACUUAGAAUGAAAAAAGUUGCAAUAAAGUUUACAUUUUCUUACUUCACUA